AUCUACCAUAACCCAUCGCAUCACUACUGUCACGGGUUGAAACAAUCGUUGACAAUGUUUGGCCGCAUUACAUUCAAAAGUCGGGCAGUGAUAAUUAUAUGUGUUAUACUUAUCGUUGUGGCAAUUUCCAUAACUCGCCUGUCUGGCACUGCCACAGAAAACGUCAGACCAGGCGAACAUUUAAUCAAAGCUGACGUUUUCCGAAAUGGUUUGUUUAAGAAUGACGACCAUGAUGCAAAGCAGACGUCGUUUAUCAAUGGUGUCCCGAAUUACAGUCACAAUCAUGAACAGAGCAAAGAAAUAAAUAUGCAUGAUGUAUCUAGUGUAAAUUAUCAACACAGCAAAGUGGUAGAUUUAAACGAUGUAGUUAAAACUUUUGUCAGCAAGACCUCGGUUUCAACAAAAGAUAAUGGGCCCGACUCAUCUAUUUUUGGCGUCCAAAUGACGUCUGGGCGUUUUCAUGAAAGUAAUGCCAAUGAGAGAAAAGCCCUGAAAAGAAAUGCGAUUGAUUACACCAUACAAGAAAAACAUCUGCAACGGAUAAAGAAAGAAAACCCAGAUAUUAUUGUAAACUGGGAUGUCAUGAAAAUGAAGCCAAUUUCCACGUUGAAAAGGUUUAAAAACCCGUGUUGGUAUGAGAGUCAACCAUUACGAUCGGACUGUCGCAUAGGACCAUUUGCAUUCAUCAAGAAUGUAGAUACAGCGACCAAUCAACAGCUUCGUUGCUUGCCGUACUUUUACAUCAUUGGACAGCCGAAGUGCGGAACAACGGACAUUUACUUUCGUUUAAUUCAACACCCACAGAUCGCUAAACCGCCUAACAAAGAACCAUUCUGGUUGAAUAAAUUUCGACUAUUAAAUUCGGAGUGUUCUGGUUUGAACACAUACCUAGACUUUUUCACAAAUGCAGCCAGGAAAAUAGAGUCCCACUACAGAUGGAAACCUAUACACGGCCAAGGUCGAGAGAUGUACCACGAUAUGGUGACGGGAGAUGGUACCCCAGAUACGAUGUGGGACAACAGAUACUGGUCCGAACUCCCUGGAAACGAAAACUGUUCGUUCAUCUGUGUCACAAACGCGGACUACGUCCAUCACAUGACGCCAGGUGCCAAAAUCAUCGUGGGCGUGAGGGAUCCAGUUGAGAGGCUUUACUCGGACUAUAUGUACGAGUAUCUCUGGCUUCAUUACAAGCCCAGCCCAGAAGCCUUCCACAAAGAAGUGGUGCGGAUGAUCGAGGAAUUCCAACAAUGCGUGACGAUGUUUUCUCUUAGGCGGUGCGUCUAUAACGGUACCCAGGAGAACUCGGAGAGCAGUGUAAGAAUUCGAGUGGGAAUAUAUCACGUGCAUCUGGAGGAUUGGCUGAGACUCUUCCCACGUGAUCAAAUCCAUAUAAUAAGAUUCGAGGAUUACAUCCAUGACGUCAGACAAGAGAUGACGAGAUUAUUUGAUUUUUUGCAAUUACGUCCUGUUAGUACUGAAGAAAUGAAGGCUGUUUUGAAACUACCCGUAACCAACAAGCGACCGACGAGAAAAGACGGAGCAAAAAUACAUAUGAAACCGGAAACACGUGACAUCCUGGAAACGUUUUACAGACCAUUUAACGAGAAGUUGGCGAAGCUUCUAGACGAUAAGAAAUAUUUAUGGUCUAAAAACGCCGCUCGACUGUCAUAUGCCAUGUGA